AUCAAAAGUAAUCGAUCCAGCCCUGGCUAAAAUGCAACCCUGAUCCGAAAGCGUCGGUCAAAGCGGUUCGUUUAAUUGCUCCUUUCCUCCGUUUUCAAAAUAAAAUGGUGUAAAAAGAAGAAAACAGCUUCUUUGCUUAAAUCUGCGAGUUAUUUUCGCUGUGCAAGUAAAAUUUUGAGCCACCAAACACACGCAUACAAGCGAAAGGUUUACCGUUUGAAAGCGCACAAGGGAAUUGCGAAGUCAGCAUUUUUCACGUGUGUUCCGGCUUUUAUUUCGUUAAAUCCCAACAAAAUAAAGCGCCGAGCGGAUUUUAAGAUGUCCGAACUCGAUUGGGACGAUCCAAAUUAUGUGGAGGCACCUGUAAAGAUUCAGGAAUACUCCAAGAUGAAUGAUAAGUACGAGAGAAGCCUGAGACGCGAUGAUAAUUCACGUGGAUACGGAGGCGACAGGAAGCGUGAUGAUUACGGUGGGGGAAGGCGUAAUAAUCGUGAUAACCGAGGUAACCGUGAUGAUUACGGCGGAGGACGCCGUGACAGCCGGGAUGACUACGGCGGUGGACGCCGGAAUGAUCGCGACAAUAGGGAUGAUUACGGUGGAGGAGGAGGAUCUUUUAGCCAAUCCCUGAGCAUCGCUGCCGAAAUGGUCGGAAAAGUCAUUGGCAGAGCCGGCGCCAAUAUCGCCCGGAUUGAGACCGAUUUCAAUGUCCGGGUUAAGGUAGACCGAUGUGAUUUGUUGGUCAAGAUAUCCGGUAGCCUUCAGAGCAACGUCUCCGAUGCCAUAAAUCACGUUCGCAAGCAGGUCAGCGGUGAUUCCGGGGAUAGAGAUCGGGAUAGGGAUAACAGGGGCUAUGGUGGAGGAGGAAGCUAUGGUGGCGGUGGAGGAGGAGGAGGAGGCUACAAUGGCGGUGGAGGCAGCAGCGGGGGAUAUGGCAGAACCAAGGGUAGCAGCUACGAGUUUAAUCCCCCGGCUUCAAAACCUAUUCCGGAUGAUGGUGAUCUCACCGGCACCAUUGAUUGGGCAGGCCUAAAUGCGGCUUCGGAAAGAGCUACUGCAGCUCGCUGGGCCAAGUGUCCGCCGCUGACAAAGAACUUCUACAAGGAGGCGCCCGAGGUGGCCAAUCUUACAGAAUCCCAGAUCGAAAGCAUUCGCGCGGAUAACAACAAGACCACGGUCUCGCACGUUUUCAAACCAAAGGAGGGUGAAACUGCUGUGCCCAUUCCCAAUCCGGUUUGGACUUUCGAACAAUGCUUUGCCGAUUACCCGGAUCUACUGGGCGAGAUCACCAAGAUGGGCUUUCCCAAGCCAUCGCCCAUCCAGUCGCAGGCGUGGCCCAUUCUACUCCAAGGACACGACAUGAUUGGCAUCGCCCAAACGGGCACGGGCAAAACUCUGGCCUUCUUGCUGCCCGGAAUGAUUCACACGGAGUACCAGAGCGUGCCCAGGGGUCAGAGGGGCGGGGCCAAUGUCCUGGUGCUGGCACCCACUCGGGAGUUGGCUCUUCAGAUCGAAAUGGAGGUCAAGAAGUACCCCUUUCGCGACAUGAAAGCUGUUUGCGUCUAUGGCGGUGGCGACCGUCGCAUGCAGAUCUCGGAUUUGGAGCGCGGUGCGGAGAUUAUCAUCUGCACGCCUGGACGUCUCAACGAUCUAGUCCAAGCUAACGUUAUCGAUGUGAGCACCAUUACGUAUCUGGUUCUCGAUGAAGCGGAUCGCAUGUUGGACAUGGGCUUUGAGCCACAGAUUCGCAAGGUGAUGCUGGACAUCCGUCCGGAUCGCCAGACGAUCAUGACGUCGGCCACCUGGCCGCCGGGAGUUCGCCGCCUGGCGCAGAGCUACAUGAAGAACCCGAUACAGGUGUGUGUCGGCUCUCUGGAUCUGGCGGCCACGCAUUCGGUGAAGCAAGUGAUUGAGUUGCUGGAGAAUGACCAGGAGAAGUUCAGCACGAUUAAAUCGUUUGUAAAGAACAUGACUAAGACGGACAAGAUCAUCAUAUUCUGCGGACGCAAGGCACGCGCCGAUGAUUUGUCUAGUGAUCUAACUCUUGAUGGUUUCAUGACCCAGUGCAUUCAUGGUAAUCGCGAGCAGUGCGAUCGUGAGCAGGCUAUAGCUGACAUCAAGUCUGGAGCUGUGAACAUUUUGGUAGCCACCGAUGUGGCAUCUCGUGGCUUGGACAUUGAAGAUAUAUCUCAUGUCAUCAACUAUGACUUUCCGCGCAACAUAGAGGAGUAUGUGCACCGAGUGGGUCGCACAGGACGUGCUGGCAGAAAGGGCACUUCGAUUAGCUUCCUUACGCGCGAGGACUGGGGCAUGGCCAAGGAGCUGAUCGACAUCCUGCAGGAGGCGGAUCAGGAGGUGCCCGACGAGCUGCACAACAUGGCCAGUCGUUUCAAGGCCAUGAAGGAGAGACGCGCUGCUGAGGGCGGAGGAGGAGGUGGCCGCUUUGGUGGCGGCGGCAGAGGACGAGGUGGCGGACGCGGUGGCGGACGCGGCGGCGGAGGUCGCAAUUUUGAUAGCUUCAGCUUCUGAUUAAAUAAUUAAGCUUGUAGCUUUUGUAGUUAUUAGAGACCACAGCGCAUUGAAGUGCCUUGUAUUUUGUUGACAAAACGUUUAAGGGUUGUUAUACCUAAAAUUAGAAAUAAAUCCCUUGUUGGGGAAGUCAAAACGAG